AGUGAGCCCUAAGCAAAAAGCUCUCCAGUUUUGAGAUUCAUGAUCAGCUGAUGAGGGGAACGGGUCUCUGUGGUGCUUUCAUUUUCCUUCUUCUUCGUGCUCCACCUGGGAUCGCCCUCAUCCUUAACCCUCGUUUAGACGAUGAAGCCGACGAGUCUCCUUCGCCCUGCUUCUUCCAUCUUCCUCCUUCUUCAUGCGCCGACGACUGCGAUCUCCAGCCAUCCAUCAUCCCAUUCCAUCCUCCCUCUCUCGUCUCGUCCUCGUCGUCGUCGGUUUUCCUCGACCCCUAAUCUUAAUUUAGAUGACCCCAGCGAGGUCUUGAGUCACGUGAGGAAAAUUUGCAGGAAUGGUGGCGUGUUUUCGAGCGUCGGCGAUGCCCAGCGUUGCUUCGGUGCAAUGAUGAAGACGGACCCUUUGCCUUCCCCCCGGGAUUUCAGUCUUCUGUUGGGUGCUGUAGCGAGGAUGAAGCACUACUCCACCGCCAUCCGCUUGAUUGAGCAGCUGCAUUCGUUAGGAGUUGAAGAUAAUCAUUUUUGGCUGAAUAUUUCGUUGAAUUGCUUCUGUCGGUUAAAGCGGGUCGAUUUGGGUUUGUCUAUCCUGGGCAGAAUCUUGAAGCUUGGCUUUCCCAUCGAUGUGGUGGCUUCGAGUACCUUAAUUGACGGUCUCUUUAUUCAGGGCAAAACUGAUCAAGCGUUGAGGUUCCUCGAUGAUAUGGGACGAAAUGGCCCCGAGCCUAAUGAGACCACGUAUGCGAUAGUCGCCAAGGGGUUAUGCAGGGCUGGUAACACCAGAUUGGCAAUUGAAUUGCUGAGGGACUGGGAAGAGAGAGGCUGCAGCAUCAAUUCCUUCACAUACAACAUAGUGAUUGAUGGUCUUUGCAAGGAGGGAUUGAUCACCGAGGCCUUGAGACUCCACGAAAAUUUGAGUAGAAAAGGCGUCGAACCAGAUGUUGUUACUUAUACCUCCUUGAUCCACAGUAUAUGCGAUGUAGGCCAGAUGGAAGAUGCUUUCGUAUUGUUGAAACAGAUGACGAGCAGAGGCAUCCAACCUGACAGAUUCACUUAUAGCUCCUUGGUUCAUUGCUUAUGCAACCGAGGCCAAUGGAAAGAUGCUAUGGUCUUGUCGGAGAAGAUGAUGAAGGCAGGAAUCAAACCGGACGUCGUUACUUAUACCUCUGUCAUUCAAGGAGUUUGCAAUUCUGGCCAUCUGGAAGAGGCUCGAAGACUGCUGAGUCAUAUGGUGCAAAGCAGAGUCAUGCCUAACGUUCUAACCUUCAGCAUCCUGGUGGAUGCACAUUGUAAAGAGGGAUUGCUUGUAGAGGCAGAAGCCAUAGUUGACCAGAUGAUUCAAUUAGGUAAAAUGCCUGAUAGUGUCACUUAUAAUGCAUUGUUGAAUGGUUAUUGCUUGCAAAAUAGGAUGAAAGAUGCAAUGGAAGUGCUUAAUUUGAUGGUUGAAAAAGGCUGCUCACCUGAUGUUGUUACUUAUAACACAUUGAUUAAUGGAUACUGCAAAGCGAAAAGAAUGGCCAAGUCAAAGAUGCUUUUCCAAGAAAUGCUUCAAAGGGGCCUGAUUCCUGAUGUCAUAACAUACAGCACUCUUGUGGACGGAUUUUGCAAGGUUGGGAACCUUGAAGCCGCAGAGGAGUUAAUUAACGAGAUGCAGUCUCACGAUCUAUCUCCAAAUCAUUAUACCUUGAGUGCUUUACUUGAUGGCUUGUGUAAAAUGCAGCAGAUUGACAAGGCCAUGAUAUUACUUCGAAAGAUGGAAGAUUCCAAAUUCGUCCGUAACAUCGUGACUUACAGUAUCCUAAUAAAUGGCAUGUGUAAUGCUGGAAAGCUCAAUGAUGCAAUAGGGCUGUUUGAUUGUUUGCAUGCUCGAGGGUUGCAACCUAACGUGUGGACGUAUAGUAUUGUCAUGCGUGGAUUGUGCAAAGGAGGACGCACGGAGGAAGCAUAUCAGCUGCUAAAGGAGAUGGAAGGAAAUGGAUGCUUUCCAAAUGGUGUCACUUAUAACACAAUAAUCCAAGGGCUUCUAAGAAGUAAAGAAAACACAAGAGCGGCGCAACUUGUCGGUGAAAUGGUCGAAAGGGGUUUUUCUGCAAAUGUAGGGACGAUGGAGUUGUGGGUUAAAUAUCUCGUGACAACUAGAACUUCUUCCUCUUCUGGUUGAUCUCUCAAUUGUGUUUGAGAUCUGUCCACUUUUUCAUCUGAAAUGUGAUAGAUUGUAAAACAGAUAAACGGCAAGUUUUCUUUGUCACAUCAUUCCAUGGAGUCGCAUGUGCCAUUUAUCAAGUUGUUUUUAAGUCCGGGGGAUUAUUUCUCUUGCUUCAUUAUAAGGCUUUUGGAGGGGUGUAAGGUAGAUGUUGUUUGUCAUAUAGCUGGGUAGUGUGGGGAAUUGCUGUAUUUAAGUGGCACACGUACUUGUCAGUUAGUGCUCUGUUGCCUAAUAUUUAUCAAACAGCUGAAAUUCUUGCCAAUGAUCAAGCGGUGCGAGGAUGCUUUUGCAUUAAAUAGAUGUUAAUAGCAGUAACUUUUCAAUGUACUAAAGUGGUGCAGUUCAGAUGUUAAUAGCAACCACUUUACCAUGUACUAAAUUUAUGCAAUUUGGACAUUAUGCACAAAUAUCAUGGACCUCUUCCUCACAAUGGAACUAAAGAACAAAUUUUAUAUUUUCCUGGUUGUUAUGUGUGUGCGCUCUCAGAGAUACUGGUUUUCUGUUACUUUUUCAUGGAAGUGGAUGGUAUUUGAUCAUGGUGCUUCUGUUACUCUUUUGUGGAAGUGGAUGGUAUUUGAUCAUGGUGAUGGGCACUUUCAAUCGCUACCAGAGAAUAUUUGUGGCCUGCGGAGCACGCAGAUUGGCAUCUCUGGUCAAUUACAGAUUACAUAUCUGGGUUAUCUGCUCUGCUUCAUAAUAGCCAAGUUUGAGGGACUGCUUGCUGGGUAAGGGACAUGGCUGCAACCUGCGAGUAUGUACAGGUUGAAGUGGAUGGUAUAUGAUCAUGGUGAUGGGCACUUUGAAUCCAUAGUGGUGAAUAUGUGUACUCAGAUUACCAUGGCAGAUCAAUUACAUAUCUGGGUUAUUUUCUCUGCUUCUUACAGCAAAGUUUGAGGGACAGCUUGCUGACUAAGGAACAUGGCUGCCCAGUGUAUGAAACAAAUUGCAGUAUCUCUUCCUUCGCACUGCGACGGAUUUUCCAAAAGCAUCUGUUGACGCGUGAACAUGAAUGCCGCUGACACAUUGGCAAUGCCAAACCACAUUGACGUCUUGAGUGGCACCAAUCAACUUCAUUAGAAACAGGCCAAUAGGAUGUAACUUUCCUUCGUUCUCUGUAGAGGUACAUUCUUUGCCAACUUUCUGUUUUAAUAACUGCGGAACACAUGUUUCGGUUUGUUUUUGCAUGUUUCACUCACGACUGCAGAAUUUGCCAGGACAAUCUUGUUACGCCCUCUACUCUUUGUUUUUUGACACAAAUAUAAUCAUAGUAGCAUGCAAGCAAACGAUUGUUUA